AUUGGUUCAUACAAAGCAAAAUGCAUAUUCUGCUCCUGGUCGCUUUCCUUUUCGGUUUGGCCUGGUCCUUGCCGGAACUGCAGACAUUACCAACAUCCCCGGCACCUGGAAAUGAGGCCUCCGAUGAGGUCGAGGUCCCUGCCUUCUCCCCCUUCAGUCUGGGCGACGGUAGGUUCGCCAUUGGCACCUUUGCCAAAGUGAACUGGUUUCAGGCACAGGUUACCUGCGCCGCAUAUGGGUACACGCUAGUGAGCAUCACAUCUGAGCAGGAUCAACGCAGCCUGCGUAACUUUCUCUUCACCUACGCCCGGAGCCAGCAGGAGCUGCUUGUCGAUCCGCUCUGGACCUCCGGCACUGACCUGGCUAGCAACAACAACUGGGUGUGGUUUAGCAAGGGUCGCGCCUUUAACUAUCGCAAUUUCCAGAAUGGAUUGCCCGGCUACUCCAACGAUGACCGCCAUUGCCUGGGUAUCAACGGGAUCACCGGACUCUGGGUGAACGAGGAUUGCAACGAGCAGCGCUACUUUAUUUGCGAGAAGCGUUGUCAGUUUGACGACGACCUUAAUUAACUUCGAAUGUCUAAUUAGGUUCCAGAAUCUUUUGCUGUUGGCUUAUUAAAAUAUCAGCUAAAAAUGUGCAAGCAAAAA